UAAUUUACUACAUCUUUCAGGCGCACGAGUAUAGGAACAUGAUAUACAUAUUACAUUACAUAUAACUUUAUACACAUAUGUAUAUAACAAAACAAAUAUUAGAUAUUCUUCAGUACAUGUAAUAUAAAUAUAUUAUCACUUAACAUAUUAAAAGUAGAACAUAGUAUCAAUACAAUGUAAACGUCCAUAGUAAAACAAAAAUAGGAUCAAGUAUUUUUAAUUAAGAGAUUUUAAGAGCAUUUAAAAUAUCUUUAAUUUGAAGACCUUCACUGUUGGCAACACUGAAUCUGUCCCAAAUUUUACAGCUGUCUAGUGUUACUAGAUUCGAUAACUUGGAGAUCAGUUGUGAAACUAUUUAGCAACCAUUGUUUGAUUACACAAUGUUAGCAGCGCUGCCACUGAAUAUGAUUGUGGCGGUACUGAAAAAACCCUGUUCAUUUAUUGCAUUGGAUAAAAUAUGUAGAUUUAUACAAUGUUUAUAGGACAAAGAAAAUUUUCUAAAGCAUUCAAAAUGAACCAUUUCACAAAGUGAUGGACCAAUGGCUCAAGAGAAAAACAAUGGACCAAAUUUGGUCCAUUUCAAAAAGUGAUGGACCUAUGGCCCAAGUGAAAAAAAAGCCGUGACAUAAGCAUUUAUGGCAAUCUCACUUUAAAUUUGUCAACGAAUAAUCGUCCAGUUUAUCCAAUAUUCAUUCGCAUUCAGCAAAAGUUCAUCGCGCAAUUUAACGAAACUUCUAAACGUCGAACGUCGGCAAUUCGUAACACUUUGCGAAUAGAGUGAACGUGAACUCGGCAGCCAUCAACCAACCAUCUUUUGUAAAAUAAGUCGGGAGAAUUGUAGUUGGGUGCAAAAGGUUUUCUUAUUCCGGUGAAGAAAUUACAGAAGAAUUAAAUUAAGAUGUCCAUGAUUUCUGCACGUUUGGCCUCGUCUGUGGCCCGCACAUUGCCAAAGGCUGCUACACAGGUCGCCUGCAAGGCUGCUUACCCUGCUGUUUCUUUGGCUGCACGUAAACUUCAUGUCUCGGCCACUCAACGUAGCGCUGAAAUUUCUUCCAUUCUGGAGGAGCGCAUCUUAGGUGUUGCCCCCAAGGCCGAUUUGGAAGAGACCGGUCGUGUGUUGAGCAUUGGUGAUGGUAUUGCUCGCGUCUAUGGUUUGAAUAACAUCCAAGCCGAUGAGAUGGUGGAAUUCUCCUCCGGUCUGAAAGGUAUGGCUUUGAAUUUGGAACCUGACAACGUCGGUGUUGUCGUUUUCGGUAAUGACAAACUGAUCAAGCAGGGUGAUAUUGUCAAGCGUACCGGUGCUAUUGUCGACGUACCAGUCGGUGAUCAAUUGUUGGGACGCGUCGUCGAUGCUUUGGGUAACGCCAUUGACGGUAAGGGAGCUAUCAACACCAAGGAUCGUUUCCGUGUCGGUAUCAAAGCUCCCGGUAUCAUUCCCCGUGUGUCUGUGCGCGAACCUAUGCAGACUGGCAUCAAAGCUGUCGAUUCGUUGGUGCCAAUUGGUCGUGGUCAACGUGAGUUGAUCAUUGGUGACAGACAAACUGGAAAAACCGCUUUGGCUAUUGAUACCAUCAUCAACCAGAAACGUUUCAACGAUGGACAAGAUGAAAGCAAGAAAUUGUACUGCAUCUACGUUGCCAUUGGUCAGAAACGUUCGACUGUCGCCCAGAUUGUGAAGCGUUUGACCGAUUCUGGUGCCAUGAACUACUCCAUCAUUGUGUCGGCUACCGCCUCUGAUGCUGCUCCUCUGCAGUACUUGGCUCCCUACUCUGGCUGCGCCAUGGGUGAAUACUUCCGUGACAAGGGAAAGCACGCUUUGAUCAUCUAUGACGAUUUGUCGAAACAAGCUGUUGCAUACCGUCAAAUGUCUCUGUUAUUGCGUCGUCCACCAGGUCGUGAGGCCUAUCCCGGUGAUGUAUUCUACUUGCACUCCCGUUUGUUGGAGCGUGCCGCCAAAAUGUCGCCCGCUAUGGGUGGUGGCUCUUUGACAGCCUUGCCCGUCAUUGAGACACAGGCUGGUGAUGUGUCCGCCUACAUUCCAACCAAUGUCAUCUCCAUCACUGACGGUCAAAUCUUCUUGGAAACUGAGUUGUUCUACAAGGGUAUCCGUCCAGCCAUUAACGUCGGUCUGUCUGUAUCCCGUGUCGGUUCAGCUGCCCAAACCAAGGCUAUGAAGCAGGUCGCUGGUUCCAUGAAAUUAGAAUUGGCUCAAUACCGUGAAGUCGCUGCUUUCGCUCAAUUCGGCUCUGAUUUGGAUGCUGCUACCCAACAACUGUUGAACCGUGGUGUGCGUUUGACUGAAUUGUUGAAACAAGGUCAAUACGUGCCAAUGUCCAUUGAAGAUCAGGUUGCUGUCAUCUACUGCGGUGUGCGCGGUCACUUGGACAAGAUGGAUCCCGCCAAGAUUACCAAGUUCGAAAAGGAAUUCUUGCAACACAUUAAGACCAACGAACAAGGUCUGCUCGAUCAAAUUGCGAAGGAUGGUCAAAUCUCUGAGGGCUCCGAUGCCAAGCUGAAGGAUAUUGUCUCAAAAUUCUUGUCGACUUUCCAGGGUUAAGUAAAGAUUUGCUGUGCAAAGCCAAACUGAAUUAGUACAGUAGCAACAAUAACAAGUUACACUAUUUCAUAAAUAGCAGCGCGAAAAAUACCAACAACCAAUGCAGGUCGCGUCUACAUAUAAUAAAAUUAUACACUAUAAACGUAAAGAUAAAGAACCAGAUAAAGCGAAGAAAAAAACGAAAUUAAAUAAUGAUAAAAAAUAGAAAAACUCCAUUCAUGUUUCCUUUUUAUUACUUAAAUAUCUAUGAAUAUGCAUCGUAAGAUUAACAUAACCAAGGGACUCAAUUCGAAUAAAUUCUAUGCGCUUGCCGAAUGUCUGCAUUGUUCGCUCUAAGACGUAGAUGCCAACUUCGAUGAGGUCAUAUGCUGAAUAUGUGCGCAUAUAGUGCAUUUAACGAGAGCGCUUAAAAAUUAGUUUGUGUUUUAUGUGUUGCACAAAUUCUGUACUUGACUUAAAGGCAAAUUUUUCGAAAAUAUUGAAGUAUUUAUAACAGUAAAUUACAGUGCAUUAAACUAAAAUUAUUCUUAGGUGAUACAGUCAAAUAACAGUUAUUGUCAUGCGAAAAAGUAAUAAAGUGAGGUUAGAAAAAAUAUAAAAUAUUUAUUUAAUUAAAA